GCAGGGCGCGCCCGCCGCCAGGGCACCUCCGGGGUCUGUGGCGGCGCGCCGGGGCUUCGGAGCCCGCUGGGUCUGGAGUUCCGGGUCCCCCUAGAGUGGGGGCUUCGGGGCGGAGCGCGGUCGCGGGAGACGCGUUGCCAGAGCCCGGGCGCCCCCUGACCUUCGCCCCGGGCAGACGGCGGGUCGGAGGUGGAAGGCCCUGGCUUUCUGGUCCAGCUCACCGGCCUGCACAGCGGUCUGAGGAGUCUUCACCUGAACAAGGCAGCGAAGAGAAGACCAGGCAUCCGGGGCUCGGCGCCGAUCCCACAGGCUUGAGCAUAAAGGGCUAUUUUUUUCUUUUCAAUGCUUUGGCUCUUUCCCCUUUCCUUGACUAUAUAACAGUAUUUGGUGAUUUAGCCAACCUAAUUUUAAAUAACUCAAGAAGGUGGGUUCGACCUGUUCAAUAUCAGUCAGAUAAUUUUUUCUUGGAUUUAGUUUCAUUGUAUUUCACGCAGUUAUACCUUUUUGAUGAAAACUUCUCUUUUUAUUCUGCAGUAUUUAUAGUACUAUUAUGGACUUAUUUUUUAGAGCAGUUUUAGAUUUACAGAAAAAUUGUGCGAAGAUACAGAAAGUUGUACAAGACUAUUUAUAAAAGCAAGGAACCGUGCAAGGGAGGGACUGUUUGGGUAAGAACAAAGGCCAGACUUGCAUUAAGAACAGAAAAACGAUGGGUUUGGCUUUGAGUGAACCCAGAACUCUAAACGGCCCGAGCCCCACUCAGGCCUUCUGGGUGGUUUGAGGGGGCAGGCAGAGUCGUGUCUGCUGAGGGUGACAGUCCACCUCUGCACCUGACAGCCGUUCAUUGGCUCAUUCACCGAGAUUCUCCGGGGCCUCUCGUGCGCCAGGACAGGGCUGUGUGGGCCCCGUGGACCCAUCGGUGGAUGAGACACGCGUGGCCCCGGGACUCAGGGAGGACACAGCCCGGUGAAGCCCAUCGGGCUCUCCCUCUUCCAGGCAGCCUGUGCCCCAGCAGGAGAAGCUAAAUAACUCCCUGCUGGAGAGGCCGAUGGGGGCUGCUGGUAGAGGUUCUGGGUUGUCACAUGAGGGUGGGAAGCACUUUAAGCAGGAGGACUACAGGAUCACAGCUGAACUUUAAAAAUUGCUUGUGGCAGCCAUGAGGCCAGUUUUCCCAGUGGUCACUUGCCCAAGCUGGGCCCCACUCUUGAGUUCACACAGUUUUCAGUGGCUCAGUCUGGCCUGAGCUAAUUCCUGGUCCUGCUCGUGUUAGUCCAGCCCAGCCGCACUGCCUCAGGACACUAAGACAAGGCAGGACCUUCCCCACACUCGUCGCCAUUGCUGAGCAUUACUCAUGUCAUUGCUUGUUGACAUCCGUCUCCCUACGUCGCUUCCCCAGUGCCUGUAGUGGCGCCAAGCACAUGGAAAGCUGUUGGAAAAUACUGGUUAAAGGACGCUAGACUCCCUGGGCCCCGGUGGUUGGCAUGAAGUAGUUGCUUCUCCAUACGUGUUUCCCACAUGCAUGGAAUUGAGCACGGAGUCCACAAGUGUGACGGAGGGCUACCUCGUACUUGGGACCACGUCCCAUGUCGCAUGGUAGGGACCGCCGAUGGGGCGACAUGACUAGGGGUGCUGUCUGACCUACACCGGGGAUCCUGACAGUGGUUCCGGGCACCCUCCGCCCUGGGCCCCACUCUUCCUCCGUAGGUGCUGAUGCUGCUCUCUGGAGGACGAAGGCUGCUCCCAGCUCUGCUGCAGGCCCAGAGGCGGCUCUGUCAGCCCUCCAGAGACAUGCGGCUGGUGCAGUUCCAGGCCCCCCACCUGGCGGGCCCUCACCUGGGCCUGGAGGCGGGGAACGGUGGGGGGGUCAUCGACCUGAGUGCCUUCGACCCGACGCUCCCCAAGGCCAUGAAGGAGUUCCUGCAGCAGGGGGAGGACGCCCUCGCGGUGGCGAGAAGAGCCCUGGCUGCCGCGUUGCCGGUCCUUCCGCGCUCAGAGGUGAUGUUCCUGCCCCCAGUCACGGGGCCAGACAAGGUGGUGUGCGUGGGCCUCAACUACGCAGACCACUGCAAGGAGCAGAACGUGCCCGUGCCCCGGGAGCCCAUCAUCUUCAGCAAGUUCGGCAGCUCCAUCGUGGGGCCCUACGACGACAUUGUGCUCCCGCCCGAAAGCCAGGAAGUGGACUGGGAGGUGGAGCUGGCCGUGGUCAUCGGAAAGAAGGGCAAGCAUAUCAAGGCCGCAGAUGCCAUGGCUUACGUGGCCGGCUUCACGGUGGCAGAUGACGUGAGUGCUCGCGACUGGCAGAUGAAGCGAAACGGGAAGCAGUGGCUGCUGGGAAAGACCUUUGACACCUUCUGUCCCCUGGGCCCUGCCUUGGUAACCAAGGACAGCGUGGCAGAUCCACACAACCUGCAGAUCUGCUGCCGCGUGAACGGGGAGCUGGUCCAGGCCAGCAGCACCAGCCAGAUGGUGUUCAGGACGGAGGAGCUGAUUGCCUGGGUCUCCCGGUUCGUCACUCUUUACCCCGGGGAUGUCUUCCUGACCGGGACCCCCCCAGGCGUUGGUGUGUUCAGGAAACCUCCCAUCUUUCUCAAGAAGGGAGACGAGGUCGAGUGUGAGAUCGAAGAGCUCGGCGUCAUCGUCAACAAGGUCGUGUGAGGGCCCCUGCUGCAGGCGUGGACUUCAGACAGAGGCGGCGGCCACGCUCCUGCUCGGCCCGGGAGAGGCCCAGUGCCAGACAGGACUGUUCCUACGCUUAGAAGGGAAAGGAGGUGGGGUGCUCCUCAAUAAAAUCCUCAGGCCCGGGAGAGCA